AUGAAUAAAUUAAGAAGUAAAGAUAAAUUAUUUUUUUUUAAAAAUGUGAAGUUCUUUACUUUAUAUAAUAAAAAAAGCAGUAUACUUUUACAAAAUAAAUUAAGAUUGGGAAAUAAUAAUGAAAUUUUUUUAAUGUUGUUAAGAGAAAAAGGCAUUUUUAUACCAGGAAAAAAUGAAAGGAGUGUAAGUAACAGUGUGAUAGAAGAGAAAAAUAAUAAUAAAAAUGAACAUAAAAACAAAGAAUUCAACGAUGAUAAUGUUAAAGAAAAAGGUGAAAAUAAAAAAGAUAUUGAAGAAGAAAAAAUAUCAUAUGAAGAAGAAGAUGAAGAAGAAGAAGAAGGUGAUGAUAAAUAUAUAAAAUCUUUUUAUGAAAUUUAUGAUGAUAGUAAUGAUACAUAUGAUUGUCCCCAAGAACUUUUAAGGUUUAUUAAAAAGGAAUUUAUGAAUAUAAAAAUAAAAAUAAAAUGUUCAAGCCCAAGAAAUAUGAGAAAAAAUGACGUAAAAAAUAUAAUUAACGAUAUGUUUCAAGAAUCAGAAAACAUUUCCGAUGAUGUUGUGAAUGAAAGAAUAAAAAAUAAAGAGUCUAAUUAUGAUAUAUAUUAUUUGAAAUCAAGUUUUAAAGAAUUUAAUUAUCCUGAUAGGAAUGUCUUAUGGCCUAACCCCUUGAUAUAUAAUCAUCGUUUGCAACCUUUUGUAUUAAAAAAAAAAAAAAAUGAAAAAAAUGAUAAUUUUGAAAUAGAUAAAAAAAAUAUAGAGAUAAAUAAAAAAAGAUUAGAAAAUUUAUGGUGCUAUAGUUCUAGUUAUGGGGUCGAUUGGAACACAUUAGAUGAACUAUAUUUAAAUUUUAAAAAACAUAAGACUGAACAUUUGAACGAUUGGGAAAAUAACAAAAAUAAUAUUAUGCUUUAUGCGUCAAAGGUAUGUAAAAGAAAAUUAAUAAAAAGCAGGAAACAACUAUUAGAUAAAUUAAAUAUAGAUUAUUCUGAUAAUAUAUAUUCUAAUUUUAAUGAAAAUCAAUCAUAUUAUGAAAUAAAUUUAGAUGAUGACCAAACUGAAUACAAUCUAUUACUACCUCGUUCUAUAUUUAGAAAAUGGACAAGAACUUUAUAUUUUUAUUGGAAAGAUAGAUAUAUGCAUUAUUAUAAUAAUACUCUAUGUGAUUACUUAAAAGGAGAAGUUAUUGAUUUACAAUUAUUGAGAGAACAUAACGAAAGAAAUUUAAAUUUAUCAGACAAAAAAAUGCUAAACCAACACUCAUUCAACCUAAAACCAGUUAAAGGAUCUAACUUAUAUAUUACUAGAUAUAUAAAAAAGAGGAAAAUUAAUGUUAAAUAUAAUGAAGAUGAAUUUGAUUUAACAGGAAUAGGAGAAAAUAUAUAUAAUACUGUACAAAAGGAAAAAUAA